AUGAAUGAUCAAGUAAUAGAUCUCAAAAAACAAAAGGCUCUUGACUAUCUUGAACUAUCAUCUUUAAACCAUAAAGGGAUAAAAGGCGGGAGGACACCAGAUACAUCGGCGGAAAAGCGUGAACAGCAAGACGAAUGGCAACGGUGGCCAAUUAGUUCAAUGGCGGAGGUAUUUUCAUGGUGGUCAAAGAAGCAACAGCCGCCUUCUCCCCGACCACCCAAGGCUCGAAGAGUUAUGGCCGAAGAGCCGGAAGAACGCACACGAGCACUGUCAUUAUCACCAAUUGCGGCAUUUGAAGACGCUCUGGAUGAUAAUUCGAGCCAUGCAUCCCUAGAAUCGAGUUUUGGAACCGAUACCGGAUCUCAAGUACCGGGUUCAUCGAACAACCAAAUGUCUGAUCAGCGCAGCCGAAGUAUACAUGGGCAUAUUGGUCACACAAUCCAACCUGCCGUGCCCCUGGAACCCCACGCAUACUUCCCUACAAGUCAAAAUAGUGGAUCUUUGCCUAUAGAUUUUGCCGGGAACUAUGCGGCGAAACUUUACUCCAGACCUUCUACGAGCGGCUCUUCGAUUGUUAGCUAUCCGCCAAUUGUGCCAAGCCAGCUGAACGACCCAUAUACACAAUCUACAGGAAUUCCGACUCAAGUAGCGGCAGCUGACAGCGGACAAUCUUACUCUCGAAAUUCGCAAACGGAUUUACAAGCAACAAAAAAAUAUACAGUCUCAGAGGGUGUACAAAGAGUGCUAGAUCAAAAUUCCGGCUGGUUUUAA